AUGCAAGCCCACGUCCAAAUGAAUGCCGCCAGCCCACUUCAUCCCCCAGAAAUCAGGUGCUCACCGGAUAGCAUGUAGGUCGCUCUUCUUAUUCUACUCAAUUGCACUCUACAAUCACCAAAUCUCAGAAUUGGAAGCUAACAUACUGGACACACAGGCAUAGCACUAUACCGCGCGCUCCUGAACCAAUGUUCUCGAAUCCCUCUCCCACCCGAGUACUUUGCUCGCGGGCCUAUAAAUCCAAUUAAGCAUUUGAUCCGCAAGAAGUUCAAACAAAAUCAGGAUGUUACUAGCCACCAACGUAUUGUGAAGAUACUUAAGACUGGUUAUGCCGUAUGUUUCUCCAUCUUCACAGACGCAGAUGUGGAAAAAUUCUGGGAAUAGGAGACUGAUUGAUACACAGUACGAAGCCCUCCUUCGAUCAACCGCAAACGAUGACCCUACCUCAAAAUCCCAACUCUUCUCCCUCCUCACAACCAUCCAAAACGAAGCACAAAUAGCCUCCGUCACAAUCCCCAAUCCUCCAAAGAAGCCACUUGCUCGUCCCGCACGCCCUGUCGCGAUACCAGGCGCCCCAAAAGUUCUCGACAUCCGACCUCUCCCCCUCUCCGAAAUCAAAGGAGGAAUCCGGCACGCCCCAACAAUAACCUUCCCAUCCAAUGGCCUCUUCGCCACGCUAAAAUUCAAGAAAGAAGUACCAAGUUACGUAGCGCGAGUAAUUCGCCAGAAAGACGAGAGGAGGAUAAAAUUGAUUGAUCGUCUCCAGCUGUUGGAUGUGCUGCUGAUGGAGGUGGAGUAUGAAGAGGAGUGGGAGGAGUUGGUUAUGGACGUUGCGGAGGAGGAAGGCAAGGUUAGGGCUACGGAAACAGAAGUUUGGGGGUUUUGGAGGAAUGAAUUGGGUGCUGCUCUUGCGGAUACGAAGACCAUAUUGUCCCGGUUCAUUAGGGCUGCGAAUAGGGAUGGGAAGAGGAUGAUGGAGAUAGUGGAGCAGGAGAGGGAGUUGGCGCUGAAGGAGAGAAAGGAGAGGAAGCAUAUGAAAAAUGAGAAUAGGUGGGCGGCGAAGAAGGAAAUGUGGGCCAGGGGUGUAGAGAAGGGGCAAGAAACAAUGUCAGAUACAAAGGAGGAGGAGAGGAAGAAACCAAAGUCAGAUACAGAGAUAGGGGAGGAGCCGCGGUGGACUAUGAAAAAGAGACCAUAG